CUGAGCCCUCUGUAUCCAUGGCAACAACGCAUGUUUGUGGGUGUUUUUUUUUUUUUUCUCCCCCUUUGACUCUCGGAACCCGCCCUCCGACCUCGGUCCAGCCUCAGCACCACAGACCGGUUGGCUAAGAUCUGAAAGAGAAGUGGGAGGGAGCGAUGAUGCAAAAGUCAUCUAAAAAUUGGGGCGGGGAAAGGAGACUACACUUGGAAAAGCGAAUAAAGCUGCCAAAGUUGCAUCAAGGAAACAUUGCGAGGUCCAGUCCGGUGGAUGCUCCCGAUUCCCAGAGGGAAGGAACAAGUGCCAAGGCAGGAGGACUUUUCCUUCUCUGAUUCUGGAAGGUGCCAGACAAAAACAUGGAACUAAUUUUCCCGUCAGUAAUUAUAAUCCUAGGAUGCGUCGCUCUUCUGUUAUUCCUCCGGUGGAAGAACUUGAGCGGUCCCCCGUGCAUCGGAGGCUGGAUUCCUUGGAUUGGAGCUGCAUUUGAGUUUGGGAAAGCCCCUCUGGAAUUUAUAGAGAAAGCAAGAAUCAAGUAUGGACCAAUAUUUACAGUCUUUGCUGUGGGAACUCGAAUGACCUUUGUUACUGAAGAAGAGGGCAUUGAUGUGUUUCUAAAAUCCAAAGAAGUAAACUUUGAACUUGCAGUGCAAGAUCCUGUCUAUCGUACAGCAUCAAUUCCAAAGAAUGUCUUUUUAACACUGCAUGAAAAACUUUAUAUCCUGAUGAAAGGGAAAAUGGGGACUUUCAACCUAUGUCAUUUUACUGGACAACUAGCUGAAGAAUUACAGGAGCAACUGGAGAACUUAGGCACUCAUGGGACAAGGGACCUGACCAUCUUAGUAAGGCAUCUCCUUUAUCCAGUCAGUGUAAAUACACUCUUUAAAAAAGGUUUGUUUCCGACAAACAAGAAGAAAAUCAUGGAGUUCUACCAGCAGUUUCAAACUUAUGAUGAAGGUUUUGAAUAUGGAACGCAGAUGCCAGAAUGUCUUCUAAGAAACUGGUCAAAAUCCAAACGGUGGUUUCUAGCAUUUUUUGAGAAAAACAUCCCAGAUAUAAAAGCAAAAAAAUCUGAAAAAGAUAAUUCCAUGACACUAAUGCAGGUGCUGUUGGAUACCAUAGACAUGGAAACAAAUGAGCGUAGUCCAAACUACGGGCUUCUGCUCCUUUGGGCUUCUUUGUCCAAUGCCGUCCCUAUUGCAUUUUGGACACUUGGAUUUAUCCUCUCUCAACCCAGUCUUUACAAAGCCAUUAUGGAAGGCAUAUCAUCUGUGUUUGGUGCAGCAGGUCACAAGGAAAACAUCUCUCCUUUUCAUUUUGGUAAAGAUAAGAUUAAAGUGUCUGAGGAUGACUUGAAGAAACUCCCUCUAAUUAAAUGGUGUAUUUUGGAAACAAUUCGUUUAAGAGCCCCAGGUGCCAUUACUAGAAAAGUGAUGAAACCAGUUAAAAUUUUGAAUUUCACUGUUCCUUCUGGUGACCUGUUGAUGUUGUCUCCAUUUUGGCUACAUAGAAAUCCAAAGUAUUUUCCUGAACCGGAACUGUUCAAACCCGAACGUUGGAAAGAGGCAAAUUUAGAGAAGCAUGCUUUCUUGGACGGCUUCGUGGCCUUUGGAAGUGGGAAGUACCAGUGUCCAGGAAGAUGGUUUGCUAUGUUAGAGAUUGAAAUGUGUAUUAUUUUAUUAUUUUAUUAUUAUGACUGCAGUCUUCUGGACCCAUUGCCAAAACAGAGUUCCCUCCAUUUGGUGGGUGUUCAGCAGCCAGAAGGACAAUGCCGAAUUGAAUAUAGACAGAGAAAGUGACAUCUUCUGGAGUCACGGAGGACCGGGCCUUCUGGAGGGUGACUGCCCUCACCCACGGGCCUGGCAGCACCGAGACCUGAGCUCAACUAAAACGUGCUGCUGAGCCUUUGCUUUAGUAUUUAGUUCAAGAAAAAUGUCCAAAUGGUGCCUGUGUUUGCGACCUCAAGAGUAGACCAAGAAUCUGACAUCACUCACUGAUAUGAAAACCUGAAUAUGUGAUUUACAGAAAAUGUUUAAAUGAUCAAGAAGAAGCGGCAUUUCUUAAGAAGUUGGAAUUUGGUUUAUGUAAAACUAUAUUAGGACCUCAAAUAAUAAUAAUGCCAUUUGAAUGAAAAUCUGAAUACAUUAAUUCACCAUGAAGGCAACAUACUUAAAUUUCUGUGUUGAGAAAGGCUAGCAUAAAAAAACAUUAAAUAAUGAUUUCUGGAAAUGUG